CGCGCGCCGAGUCGUGUUUUGAGAGCUGCGGGAGCGAAGAGUGGUCGUGCGUUUGUGGUGCCGGGGCCCGUCGAGCUUCUUCUUUCGCCACGGCGAACCUCUGGACGGUUCACAGCGUGGCGUGGUGGCCGAUAUGUCGGAUAAGAAGUCUUACGAGAUGAAUAACUUCAAGGGGGAAAGUGGUGGCGCCGAUGCAACUUCGGGCUCGCCUGUUGGCGGGACCUCAGCGUCCGGCGCCCCCGCCCUGCCCGACCGAGGACAGUGGGUCGGAAAAUUGGACUUCUUGAUGUCAUGUGUCGGUUAUGCGAUCGGACUGGGAAAUGUCUGGCGGUUCCCUUAUCUCUGCUACAAAAAUGGUGGAGGGGCGUUCUUGGUACCGUACUUGCUGACCCUCUUCCUUGCGGGUAUCCCUACCUUUUUCCUGGAGACUUCUUUGGGCCAAUUCCUUAGCAUUGGCGGUCUAGGGGUGUGGAAAAUAUGUCCCAUCUUCAAAGGUGUGGGCUACGCAGCAGCUGUGAUGUCCUUUUGGUUGAACACCUACUAUGUCGUGGUGCUCGCAUGGGCCUUGUACUACAUCUACUCAGCUCUCUCCUCGGAUGUUCCCUGGCGAACGUGCGACAACUGGUGGAACACAAUAAACUGUCGUUCAGAAUACGAGUCAUUCAACUGCACGACCAUGACCUGCCCGUCUCCAGAGAUGCUCAGAAGUCCGGUCAAAGAGUACUGGGAGGGCAAUGUCCUGCAGAUCACGGAAGGCCUGGAUGAGCCGGGCGACCUGCGCGCUCCUCUAGCCAUCACGUUGCUCAUUGCCUGGGUGCUCUGCUACUUCUGCAUUUGGAAGGGCGUCAAGUGGACGGGCAAAGUAGUUUAUUUCACUGCCCUCUUCCCGUACGUUCUCCUCUUCAUCCUCCUCAUCCGUGGCCUUACUUUGCCCGGUGCCUUCGAAGGAAUCAAGUUCUACGUUCUACCAGACAUAAACAAGCUCUCAGACUCCAUGGUGUGGAUCGACGCAGCAACACAAAUCUUCUUCUCGUAUGGAUUAGGUCUGGGCUCUCUAAUUGCUCUCGGUAGCUACAACAAGUACCACAACAACGUCUACAAGGACGCGUUGAUUGUGUCCUGCAUCAACAGUGGAACGUCCAUGUUUGCCGGCUUUGUCAUCUUUUCCGUCAUCGGCUUCAUGGCGCACUCGCAGAACAAGAACAUCGCGGAUGUUGCAACAUCAGGUCCAGGACUGGCAUUCCUCGCAUACCCAUCAGCCGUUCUCCAGUUACCCAUCUCUCCGCUCUGGGCCGUCCUGUUUUUUCUUAUGAUCGUCAUGCUGGGGCUCGACAGUCAGUUCUGUACGCUAGAAGGUUUCAUCACAGCAGUAGUGGAUGAAUGGCCGCGUGUAUUGCGGCCUCACAAAGAAAUCUUCAUCGCUAUUGUAUGCCUCAUCUCCUACCUCAUUGGUCUCAGUUUCGUCACGCAGGGUGGCAUGUACGUGUUCCAGCUGUUUGAAUACUACGCCGCAAGUGGCUUCGCUUUGCUCUUCCUCAUAUUCUUCGAGGUGAUCUCCAUAGCCUGGUCCUAUGGUGUCAACCGUUACUACGCCAACCUAGAAGACAUGAUUGGCUACAAGCCCUGUAUCUGGUGGAAGAUAUGCUGGGUCUUCCUCACGCCCUGCAUUUGCUUUGGCGUGUUCGUAUUCAGCCUGGUGCAGUAUAAACCGUUGAAAUACAUCGACUACGUGUAUCCCGUAUGGGGUCAGUUCAUCGGCUGGGUACUCGCUCUGUCUUCAAUGCUCUGCAUCCCCGGGUACGCGGUCUACAAAUUCCUCGUCACGCCUGGCGACUUCCGCACGCGCUGCAAGGAUCUCUUCAGGCCAGACAUCGACAUUGAGGCCGAAAUCCGCGCCCGGAAACACCGAGAAGGCAACAUGUCCGUUACGGCCGUCUAAUACCAGAGAGCCAAGCUAAAGUUUCCUGCACCUGGCUAAGAACGUUCUCCCUGCACCACAUCAAAAACCCGCCCCAGAGAGUGCAUAUGUUGUUGUUGUUCCGACUGUUCACUCUUGUGCUAGGGCGGCAUCUCGUUUUCAUGGCACGACGCUGGACUUUGCGGACAGAAGGGAAGAACGUUCCCAGUGUUGUCGACACCUGCCCCCCAAUCAUGGUUUAUUCCUUCCCCCUGCUUGUCGUUAUUUAUCGAGCUACGUCUUCACGAAAGCUGAUGGUGGUUGACACAAUGCCAGCCACGGAUGCCACCGAGGAAGGCUCAACAGUAACCGGCCGUGCCCGAAGAAGCUCUCGGGAAAAUAUACUGUGACAUGCCACGUCCAAACACAUGAUCCGGUUCAGAAGUCGUGAAGAGGUUCCCACCCUCCUUGUCUUCGUCGUCUCAUAUGCCUCUCUGUUAUCUGUCUUGUUAUCUUAACAUGAGUACGUAAUUUGGUGUUGUUACACAAGCGGUCUCACAUCGUACAUAAGAGGUACACCUUUUACAUGGGCGAAGAUGAUUUAUGAACAAAAAUCUUCGAGUUCUUCACGUCGAUCUUUCGUAAAGUAGAAUAGUACACAUUGUUUGUACGACUAUUAAAGCUUUUGUGAUUUUUUUUCGUUUUUUUUUUUUUUUUGCAUUGCGCUCAGUGUUGGUGUUUUUUUUUAUUUUUUCGUCGUUGCUUUACGUUUCCAACUCUGUUGCCCUCCCUCUCUUUCUUUUUUAUGACCCGCGUCAUCUAAACAACAUUGUCAUUUUAGUCGCAUUUUAGAGCACAGGUGCUCUCAUUCAUGUAGAAAGAAGACCAUCCGUCUUUUUGGGACACAUUGCAGUUGGAUCUAUUAGCUUCUCCCUUUACUUCACUCUCUCUUUUUUUUAGGUGGAAGGGACACUUCUUUGACAUCUCUUUCAGCUUGUUCAUUUCUCAUGCACCAAAAUUUCAGUGUUUCAAAACUGGGCAGUGCUUUCCACAACACAGUAUAGCAUUAAGGGCAUUCGUGCAGUGUAAUAUAGUAAAAGCAAAAUAAUCCAUUAUCUGUCAUAUAGUGCGCUGUAGCGUUAUAAUGUAUCCUGUACAUAAUAACAUUAUACUCCAUCUUUUUAUUUUCUCACGUUCACAGAUAAGUUAUCAGCACGCCAGGACCACCCGCUCUGCUGUAUCGUAUAGCUAUAAAUGAAAACCAAUCCAAUGAUGUUUCGUACAACGGAGUUGGUAUCAAGCUCUGCACCUUGAAAUCACAUACUGUGAUUGCAACAGGUCUAGCAUAGGCAGCAUCUGCUGCAUUACAUACAAAGUCAUUAUAUAUACUGUACUUGUAUAUUGAUGUCAGCAGUGUAUCGCAUGUGUUGUUACGUGGAACUAGUGCAACUUGUUUGGUAUGCCGUGUAUUAACUCGAACGCUCCGGUCGUAACGUGCUCUCCUCAAUCACCUAAUCAAUUGCCUAAUUGCUUCCGUAAACCGAUGCUGAUGUAUGAAUCAUUUCAUCAUGAACAAGCAAUAUUGUCAACUACAAGCUAAAACCUCGAUACAUGCACUUACUUGUAUGUAUACAUUUACGAUAAUACCUGGCUGGUUGCACGAAUUUUUCGUAUGUGUAAUGCGUUUAAAUGAUGUACCAAAUUCAGUACUAAAUUCGCACUAGAAUUCAGUACUGAGGACGGUUGACAGCCAGUCCCCGGGCACAUUACGUCACCGCCAGCAUUCGUUUCCAUUUGGGCGUAAAACUUUGCAUGCCUGUGUACCUGAAGCCCCAGUCUCCCUUGAUCAGCACUCUUCCAUCGAAGACAUUGUCACGAAGUCUUCCAUAUUUGUUGGCGGGCCUGUCACGCGGACCUGACCAUGGUUGCCAUGGUCACCAGUGAGGCAUCGUCGUUUUUCUUUUCUUCUGAGACCCAAAAAAAUAUUUUUGUACCCGGUUCGCCCCGCUUCGCCUGCUUGCAAGUGUUGCGCGCAACGGUAUCUAAUCGGUAUCAACGGUAUCUAAUCGGUUGGUCACGUGAACCGUGGUGAUAAGCCAUCUAAAAAAAUAUAAAAAAGGGAAGAAAGAUGAAAUAUACCGCAGCAACCGUUUAGAGCGCGAGCCUUCGAAAUGUGGCGAACCCUAGGCAUCGCUAUACUAUAUAUGUACAGCACCAUCGCUGUCGUACAAUUCUAUAUCUACAUUUGCUGGAACUGAAUGUGUCUUCCGCGACAUUUUUAGCUGUCUUUGCAUGAAGCGUCUUCCCACAGAGUGCUUCCAAUUGCGUCGUCUUCCAUAAACUAACGCCAGCAAUUGCCCCCGUUUAUAUAUAUAUAUAUUUUUUUUUUUUUCUCUGUACAUCAUCCGAAAUAUCGAACCAUAUAGGUGCGGAAGCUUAGGGCGGUUUUGACAUUAUUGUAUUAAAUAAUCGGUAGGAGUAUGGUAACGUUACCUACUAACGUUACUACUAAUUUGUUUUUCUUAUGGACAAAACUUAUAGGUCAAGACUGGAGAUACCGAGUUGUGUUCGUGCCGUCAUUUUUUCUUUUUCUUUUUUUUUUUUCUUUUUGUCACGAAUUUUCGCAAGUGUGCGUCGUUGAACAAAUUUAAUUAGCAUAAGUCGACCAAGUGAAGUGUCGUUAUAAAAUCUGACACACAUCAUUCUGCAUACACGAAGAAGUAUUUGACAGAUGUAUUUUCUUAACAGCGCUGCCCCCCAUUUCUUUCUUUCUGGUUCUUUCUUUUUCUUUUUUUCUUUUACAUCGUCGCCGUGAUAAGACAUCGGGAUUGACGGUCGUGGUCAAAAGAUGUAUGUGCAUAUUGAUUCGUUUUAACAAGAAAAAAAAAAGUCCGUGUCGUCAAAUAUAUGCCCUUGUUGAGGGUAGUGUGUAACUUAAGCGACGUUUUUAGCUCAUUCAGGCGAAUUACAUGCCACCCAUAUCAGCGCAGUUUCGCCCUUUUCUCAGGCGACGACUGAAGUGAAACAAACGUCUCCAUUUUCUAGCUUACAUUUUACACAUAUAGCUGUGUGUGGUCCACUUUGUACUCUGCUCGGUCGCUAUUGGCUGAGCCACCACGGAUAUCGACGUCUUCCAAUAGUGAUGCGUAGAAAGCGCUACACGUCACGAAGUGACGCUAGCUGGGCUUCCUUGCUUCCAUCGUGAAGUUUGAAAGAAGCGCAUAGGUGAUUCUAUAGGAGUCGUUGAAACAGGAAACUGCUUGUUUCGACCUAUUUCUAGUUACUCCCUCAAGAAGAAGUUUAGCGGACCACUUCAAAAAGAUGUGGUCUCGGGAAUUUCCGUUUUAUAGAGUAGAGAAUUUUGCUAGGGCCCCGAGUCGUCCCACUCGAUCAUUGACCAUGACGCAAUAUUAUUUCGCAACAAAUUCACGUUUUACUUUAUUGAUCACUGCCGCCGUAGCGUUGUUUGUAAUACUACUCGCCCAAAUGACAAUUACUAUAUCUGUAUGAGAAUCACGCUUGUAUAUAGGCUUCCACGCGAGUACGUGUGUUGGAAUGCUGUGGCUGUGCCGAUAACUAUAGGAACGAGCACCGAAUCGCCCGGACUAUUUAGUGUAUGGUACGAGACCCUACCGACUGCACUGCGAAGGAACACAUGUCCGUUAGAAAAUAUAACCAUAUUUCUGCGAGGUAAAUCCCGGACAAAGGAAUGUUUAAAAAAAUCUUGAACCGCUUAUCCGAUGCUCUUCUUGUAAAUUCGUCGAGUGCUGUUGGUUUGUCACCUAUUUCUAUUGCAAAAAUAAAAAAGAGGAAGAAUCCUUUAUGAUACUGCAUGCGAAGCACUUGUGUCAUUACUCCCAUUGUGUCCUCUAAAGGGAGUAAGUGGUGAAAAGGUAGCAUAGCAGGUGUUAAGAAAACCACUGCAUCCACGCAGAUGACAUCAAGACACGCCCCUACAUUUGUUUAGAACGUGUUCGAACAGAACCAAAGUAUAUUUUCUUUUUUUUUUUUCUAUGGGAGUAUCUUUUAAUGAUGGUGUUCAUUGAUUGCAUCAUUACUUUCUUAGACACACACGUAUGGAGCUUCAAAGAUUUUUCGACCUUCUCUUUCUCUCGUCAUAGUUUCUUUUUUUAAUAAUCGUCUCUCAUUUUUGUCAUUGUUACUGUCAUGUUGCCGUUUUAUCACUGGAAUAAAUAAAAGUAAUAGAACCGG